AUGUCGGAAGCUGCUUUGAACAUAAGACGCAACGCCGAGGAGUUGAAGUCGUGGGAAAAUGACAUCAAAGAGAAGGACAAGUCUGCGAAGAAGCUUGCUCGACCUACGAAGAAUCUCCCGCCAGUUCGCGGGCAACCAGCAGCAGACGAAAGUCGCACACCAGCUGGAAUGAUAGGCGCAACCAACGAAGAACUGAAGAGCGUUGCGAAGGAAGAGAAGAUAAAGGCGUACGACUAUCGGUCUUGGGACAAGUUUGAUGUGGACAAGGCACCAGGCGAGAUAGAUGCCCCACCGACAGCGAAGUCGAACGAGCAGCCAUCAUCCAUUACCCCAAUAGAAGAUGAGGAAACAAAUCUGGAGAAGGCACUGUUGGAGAAGGAAAAGGGCAAUGCCUGGUUCAAAAAGGGACAGUACGAGAAAGCGAUAUCAUGUUAUACCAAGAGCAUGCGUCUAGAUCCCUCGAGCCCAAUCAUGCCUGUGAAUCGGGCAAUGGCGUACCUGAAGCUGAACAGAUUCGCGGAGGCGGAAGCGGACUGUAGCCAAGGGCUGAAUUCAGACCCAAAGAAUGUGAAAGCGUUGUGGCGGAGGGGCAUUGCGCGGAGAGAACUGAAGAAGCUGAAUCUGGCAAAGCAGGACCUAGAAAGCGCGUUGGUCCUGGAACCGACGAACAAAUCGGUGAAAGACGAGAUGAACACUGUGAUGGGGCUCAUCAGGAGUAGCACCGCCAAGCCACCAAGUAGCACUUCGAGCACGGCGAAACCAUCAGCACCCACGCAACCGACGAGACGAAGGUUGCACAUCGAGGAAGUGGGCGAAGAAGAUGACAGCGAUCAGCCGAUUCUCUUGACCCCAGCUGCUGGCAAAAAGGCGCGAACGGAAGCCCCGAAGCCUGCCAGCACUGAAAUAUCGGGGCCCAAGGCAGUUCUUCCCACCGCUGCCACCAAACCGUCAUCACCAAGCAAAAACAUAUCCGGUAACGUGAAGCUUGCCCAGUCAACGCCCCGGACAUUGUCCCCGAUACCCGCAAAGAAAGCAGAAUACGCUGUCCCCAAAAGCAUGUACGAGUUUGAGCGGGAUUGGAAGUCGCUGAAGAAUGAUGCAGAUGCAAUCUACACGUAUCUGAAGGCAAUCGAUCCAAAAGAUUACAACCGUAUAUUCAAGAGCUCCCUCGAGAGCAACUACCUGUCUAAGAUAAUAGAGGUGCUGCAUACCCAUUUCCGCAGAGACAAUGACUACAAUGUUGCGUUCGGGAUGCUGAAGAAUCUGUCACAACUUCCUCGGUUCAACAUGACCGUCAUGUUCCUGUCGAGGAAAGAGAAGCAAAUGGUCACCGAGGUGAUCGCGUGGCUUUCGUCACGAGAAGAUGCCGGGGCAACUUACACCCUAAACGAUGUCACCGAAGUUGCAAAGGCGUACAAAUAA